CGGGCGGAGGCGCUCGCGGUCCUCCUCGAGGCUGCGCUUGCCUACCGUACCCCGACCACCGUGCUCGGCAAAGCCCCCCGGGGAGGCUGGGCCCGCUGGGUUGAGGGGCGGGGGGCGCGCCUCGGCGAACAAGCUGGGCUCCCGGGCGAGGAUAAAAUGGCGCUGGCGCAAGGCCCUCCUCUCCCGCACGUUCUCGGCGCCCCACGCCCCCUUCCUGAGGCCGGUCGUAGCCCCAGCCCUCGCCUCGGGGCUUCCUGGAGCUUCCUGGCCGUGACCCCCACGAUGCCCCGCGCCUUCUCGCCCUCUCGCCCACGGGUGCCUUGCGCUCUGGGAUGUUUUCAGUACUCCUCCCCCACCCAAGUCACGGACUGAUCGGAAUAAACUCUUUACGGUCAUCCCUUUAGUUACCUUGGGCGCGAAUUACGAAGGCCCCCUGGCCCCAAAGAAAGCACCCCAGUAAAGCCUCAUUAAAGUUAAAAGUCUAAGUACAGGGAAAGCGUUAGCUUCAGUUACCAGUAACAUUGUUUUUCUUAUUGGGUAGAUUUAGGUUAGAUAAUGACGUGGUUCUUUGAAGUAAUUUUAGUUCCCUAGACAGCUUUUCGUAAUGGGAGAUAGAUGUGGCUGGCUGUUCGCAAGUGAAAGACUUGUUUAUGUGCAAUUAAUUCUCUUUUCAAAAACAGGUUUUGUGUAGUUUCAUGAACAGCUAGCUUGGGAAACUUGAUUUUGGAGGUCAGGUUGUGAAAUGGAGCCAUAAGAGGAAAAGCUAAUGAACUGGUUAGGAGCCUUGCUGCUCCCUCCUGUGUUUAUUACCCUUAACAGACUGACCAGUUGUGUUCUGUAUGGUCGUGGUCAGGACUUGGAUAGCCCACUUUUGCCUUGACCUCCUAUUUUGAACAUUGAAUGCCAGUUUGGUCUAUAGAGAGCUGGGUUGUAAUUUUUUUUUUUUUUGGUGUAAGAGGUAGGAAUUGAAGUAUUUUUCUUUAGCAUUUACAGAAUCUGUUGUGUUUAUUAGGACCUUUAAGCCAUACAGAAAUAAUAAGUUUAUUUAGAUGGAGAGAGCAGAAGAUAGUUUGAUAAAUAGCUUUUGCCACCUGGUGUAAGUAUUUUGAAAAGUAGUUAGGGCCUGCUUAAGAACUCCUUGAAAUGUGGGUUAGAAUAAGUAGUCUGCCCUUUGUUUUAUGCACUAAAUAAACAGCAAGCUCUGGGCUGUGUGCCUGUUUGAAUGCCUAAAUCAAAGGAACUUGUUUCUUCAAGCUCUUCAGGCAGUGAUUCUGACAGCGAAGUUGAAAAAAAGUUAAAGAGAAAAAAGCAAGUUGUUCCAGAUAAACCUGUGAAGAAGCAAAAGCCUGGUGAGACUUCUAGAGCUCUGGCAUCCUCCAAGCAGAGUAGCAGCAGCAGAGAUGAUAACAUGUUCCAGAUUGGAAAGAUGAGAUAUGUCAGUGUUCGGGACUUUAAAGGAAAAAUUCUAAUUGAUAUUAGAGAAUAUUGGAUGGACUCAGAAGGUGAAAUGAAACCAGGGAGAAAAGGUAUUUCUUUAAACAUGGAACAAUGGAGCCAGCUGAAGGAACAGAUCUCUGACAUAGAUGAUGCAGUAAGAAAGCUGUAAAAUCGGAGCCAUAUCAAACCUGUACUGUUGUAGUUGUCUUUUUACAUUGGCUUUUGUUUUCUAAAUGUUGUUUUCCAAGCUGUUGUAUAUUUGGAUUGCAGAACAAUUUGUAAGACAAAUACUUUUUUUUAAUGUGCAUUAUUAAAAUGUUCUAAGUGAAGCUAAUUGUCAACUUUAUUAAAGAGGAUUGCUUUGUGUGCCCCCUACCUAGUGUAAAAUAAAGUCAGAUCAUUACAAUCUUAACUGUGGUAGCCUUUUUUGAUCAAAAAAACCUAGUUACUUUUAAGGCCAAAAGAAUAACCUUUGUAGGCACAUUGUUGAGUCAGCUUAUAUUCAGAAGGAUUUGUAUUGCAUUGAGUUUCUUAGAUUGCUUUGUGAAAUAUAUACUUAAUCUCUUUCUUUCCAACCAGAUUUACUGGAUUUUCCUGCCCAGGAUUUCUCCCCACCACACUACUUACUUUUCUUCAGUUUUCUUAGUGUUCAAGUUUUACAUCACUCUUUACUCAGAUAUAUUAUGCUGAUUUGGAAAGUCAAACUGUCAAUGUUGUUGCCUCCUAAGUCUACUGUGUUAAUUAUUAGCAGAUAUCUGUUUGGUAACAUGGCUUAAAUGAGAACUCCAAGCAAGUGUAUGUCAUUAUUCAUAGUGCUCUACAGAGCAUAGUGACUUUGAUGUCUGAUGAGCUGUCACUCAGUAAACAUUCAUGUUGUGAUGAUGGUUAUAAAGUCAGAUAUUAAACUAGAUUAGACUUGUAAAAAUUGUGAGACUUACUUGCCUACUAUUAUAUUCUAAUAAUGUAUGUGGAUUAUAUGUAGUCAUAUCACUGAGCUUUACUGUCAUAAAGGUUAUGUGGCCAGUUUUUAGAGUUCACUGUUUUACAGUUAAUCUGGACAAGAGACUUCCAGACUUGAUGUUAACUAAGUUUUAUAGACAUUUCCAUUGGUUUUUAUUUUAACCAUGAUGUUUAAGUAAACAGACAGGCACAUGUUUUAGAGAUAUUUCCUCAGUGAAGAGGACGUAAUGUUCUGAGGGAAAAUGUUUGCAAAGGAAAGUCACCACACUGAAGGAAGCUAGGCUGUGAUGAGAAAGGAACUUUCUUGAAACUAAAUGUUGUGCACAUGAUAUGUUGGUGAUAACCGUAAUAAUAAUGAACAAGGACAAUUUAUAGAUGUGAAAAAUGCUGCCAUUAAGGGCUGCCAUAUCAGAAUUACACUAUUUUAUUAACAGGUUUGAUUCUCAUUGUCUAUGCGUUUUAUAGAAUCAUCAAAGAUUUAAUUUCAAAAACAAUCUGCCAGGCCUCUGGUUCCACUUGCCCUCCCCACAGAUAUUCUUUAGGUAACUUUUUAGUGUGUUACUCCAAAUUGAUAUAUAAAUAACAAGGGUACCAAAGUGUUUAAGAUAUAUAUACCAUAGCUCAUUCUUGAGGGAUGUUCCCCUUAUACUGUGUUGUAUUUCAUUGAUUAAUUAAUUUUGUAAAGUAUUCCUUAGUUGCCAUUCAAAGAAAGGAUAGAACAUAAAACUUUGGUUUGAUGUAGAUGAGGAGGGAAUAAUAGGUAAAUUUCCUAGGCCAUGUAUAUGUAUAUUUCAGACGUCUGCUUUAUAGAGAUCUGCAAUCUGUUACCUAGACGUUGCUGGCUGCUUAGAAUAAUACAAUCUCCAUGUGGAAAGCUCGCUCUGGCAUAAUUUGUUAGGUUGAUAGCUCAAUUCGUUAGUUAUAUUAUACCAGAGUUGUUCUUUUCCUUAGUGUGUUGAAAAGGAGAAUUGGGUUAAAAGAAGAGGGACUUUUCAGACUGAAAAAGGGUACAGUCCUACUUUGCGCCCAGACGCCUUUCUCAUUAGUGUCUUAGUUUCUUUUCUGUUGCUAUGACAAAGUGCCCUGACAGAAGCAGCUUAAGGGAGAAAGGGUUUAUCCUGACUCACAGGUCCAGGCUACAGACCGUUGUUGUAGAGUCACAAUGGCAGGAACUCCAGACAUCUGUACACAUCUCUCCAUAGCCAGGAAGCUGAAAGCAGUGAUUGCAUGCUCAGUUACCUCUCCUUUUCAUUUAACCUGACUUAGUCCACAGUAGGCAAGAGAAUUCUCCAGGCAUGCCUAGAGGCCUAUCUUUGCGUGGUUCUAGGUCCUGUUGAGUUGAUAACACUAACCAUCAUAGUAAGUUUUCUCUCAGGAAGAAGGCUUGACCUUUUUGAGGCAUAAGUAUCUUACUUAUUUUGUAAUGCUAAAAUAAUUAGAUCAAGUCUCAGGUUUUGCCCUUUAAUAUGCUCCAUAUCAAGGCUUCCAAGUGGGUUUUCCUCCUUUAGAGUAAAAGCCUUUGGCCAAUUUCCACAAUCAGCGAAAAAGAAAAACUCGAAUUUUCUUUUUGUUUUGUUUCAUAAAUGCCUAAAAACUUGAGAAAUACUACCUCAUUACCUAGUCAUUAUGCUGUGAUAAGCAGUCUAUUCUGCGUAGUAUCUUGGAGUCAGCAACUUAGGGAAAACCGUGGAGGAAAAUGCAUCCUGGCCUGGCUGCAGAGGGAGGAAGGGAUUGAAUGUUUAUGUAAGUGUUCCUGACAGGAAUGUUAGCACAGUGCUUGCCAUAAAGCUUGAAGCUAGAAAGUCUUAAGAACUGUUGAGUUAUAUUUAGGUAUCUUUUCUGGAUUGCUUUGUGGUUCACUUUUUAUGGAGAUUAGUGGAACACUAAAAAAAAUUUUUUUUCUUAAAAGCAUUUUUCCAGAUAAACUAUAGUGUAAACAUGCAUAUAGUGAGACGUAUGUAAUUCUGUAAUUGUGGAAUGCCUGUAUGGUUUAGUGCAUCUUCAUGGAGGCGUCAAUGAACCUAUUACUCUUGUGAAUAUUAUAAAUGUUGAAAUAAAAGCAAGAAAUACA